AUGCACUUCUUUAAUGAAUAUCAUAAGAUGUGUUUGAAAUCAAAUAUUUUUGUUAAAAACUGGCUGUUCAAUUCACUUUGAAUUAAUGCCUUAAGCUUCCUAAAACAUUUAAGCGUGAUUAUCGUUGACAAUAGAUUUUUAGGCUUCAAUAGCAAGGCUAAUUUUUUACGGUGGCUUUGUAUGGGGUUAGCUAAGAGGUUGGAUGCACAUUUAUACAAAUGUCUCGUUCUGAUCGAUUAUUUAGGCCAUUAAUAUUAGAAUAAUAAAUGAAUGGUAACAUCUAAUAAAUUAACCCCAUGGCUUCCAAAUAUUUAAAGCUAAAAUUUAAAACACAUGAAUAUAAACAGUAAAUAGUUUAUUAUUUUACAAUUCCGCUUAAAAAUGUAUUUGUUUGUGUAUUAUAAAAAAUGCAUUUAUAAAUGUGUGGACUCCGGAGCCAUGUUCCGAAAAUCAACGCUAAGUGACCUAUGCUAAUUUGACGCACGUAGAAUAGCCAAAACAUACAAUGAUUAAGGUUCUCGUGAGAAUUAGUUUUGUAUUGUACUUUUACCAUGCCUUUGGAUUCAUGCAAAUAUUGCCCGCACCAAAUGUGCUUUUAGUACUGAGUGAUGAUCAAGAUGUAGAACUACACGGUCUGUAUCCACUUCAACAAACUUCGAAACUUUUGAGCAAGUAUGGCACACAAUUUACCAAUGCCUUUACUAGUACGCCGAUUUGUUGUCCCGCGCGAGCAAGCCUGUUAACUGGACAGUAUGCGCACAACCAUAGGACAAUCAAUAAUUCAUUAAGUGGUGGCUGCAAUGGGCCUUACUGGCGUAAAAUGUUCGAGCCACGCUCAUUGCCUACGCUGUUACAGAAGCAUGGGUAUCAAACAUUCUUUGCUGGAAAAUAUUUAAACCAAUUUAAAGGCGCUGAAGUUCCGAACGGCUGGGAUGAGUUUUAUGGCCUUCACGGGAACUCGCGUUAUUAUAACUAUACACUGCGUGAAAACACAAAAAAUGUGAGCUUUACGGAUAUAUAUUUGACGGACCUGUUGAGGGACAAAGCGGCAGCAUUUAUUCGAAAUUCGACAAUGAAUCAUCAUCCAAAACCAUUUUUUGCAAUGGUAUCUCCACCAGCCGCUCACGCACCCUUCACACCAGCCCCGCGUCAUGAAGGUGUAUUUCCUCAUGUACGAGCGUUGCGCACUCCUAGCUUUAACGCUCCCGAUAAGAAUAAACAUUGGUUGGUUAGAUCAGCUCAACAUUUGUCAAAUGACUCGGUCUUCACAAUAGAUAAGUAUUUUCAGAGGCGGUGGGAAACGCUGCUAGCGGUUGAUGAAAUGAUGGUGACAUUGAUAACAGUGCUUAAUGAAACCCAAUGCCUUGAAAAUACUUACAUCAUCUACACUUCGGAUAAUGGUUACCACUUGGGCCAAUUUGCACAGCCUUUUGAUAAACGACAACCUUAUGAUACUGACAUCAAAGUGCCAUUACUUAUCCGUGGACCAGGCGUACCAGCUGGCCGCUUAAUGGACAUGGCUGUCAGUUUGGUAGAUCUAACGCCUACCAUACUGGAAUGGGCCGGUUUGCCGGUCCCAAAUUAUAUAGAUGGUCGCUCUUUUAAAAGUGAGUUGUCACAGGUGCACCAGACAAAUAAAAAGCAGCAAUUUUCCAAACAACGCAUAUUGCUCAUUGAGUAUUGGGGUGAAGGUAAUGAUGAUACAUAUAAUCCGGCUUGCCCAGGAAAUCGAACUGACCAUUUAGCGCAAUGCACUCCGGAUGCAGAUUGUCAUUGUCAAGAUUCAUGGAACAAUACAUACACGUGUAUUCGUGAUUUUCGGUACAACCUCGAUCGCAUAUAUUGUGAGUUCCGGGAUACUGAGAAUUUUCUUGAGGCAUAUGAUUUGCACCAAGACCCCUAUCAAUUAAAAAAUAUCGUUUACGAUCUACUUCCAAUGGAACGAGCUCUAUAUGGACUUUUACUUCAAAACCUCACGAAAUGUACUGGCAAAACGUGCAAUAUUUGAUUUGUCGUUGUAGCUGUUGAAAAUUAAUCAUGCGCAUAUUUUUCCAAAUAUAAGUCAAUAUCAACCAAUUAAAAUCAACUAUUAAGUUGAUCUGGCACGUA